AUGUCCGAUCAUCAAGAAGCAGAUAUUGAUUCAAUUGUUGAUAGAUUAUUAGAAGUAAGAGGUUCAAGACCUGGUAAACAAGUAUCAUUAACAGAACAAGAAAUUCGUUAUCUUUGUACAAAAGCAAGAGAAAUAUUUAUUCAACAACCAAUAUUAUUAGAAUUAGAAGCACCAAUAAAAAUAUGUGGAGAUAUUCAUGGACAAUAUUAUGAUUUAUUAAGAUUAUUUGAAUAUGGUGGUUUCCCACCAGAAGCAAAUUAUUUAUUUUUAGGAGAUUAUGUUGAUAGAGGUAAACAAAGUUUAGAAACUAUUUGCUUGUUAUUAGCUUAUAAAAUAAAAUAUCCUGAAAAUUUUUUUAUAUUAAGAGGUAAUCAUGAAUGUGCUUCAAUAAAUAGAAUUUAUGGAUUUUAUGAUGAAUGUAAAAGAAGAUAUAAUAUAAAAUUAUGGAAAACUUUCACUGAUUGUUUUAAUUGUUUACCUAUAGCUGCAAUUAUAGAUGAAAAAAUUUUUACGAUGCAUGGUGGUUUAUCACCUGAUUUAAAUUCAAUGGAACAAAUAAGAAGAGUAAUGAGACCAACAGAUAUUCCUGAUGUUGGAUUAUUAUGUGAUUUAUUAUGGUCAGAUCCUGAUAAAGAUAUUACUGGAUGGUCAGAAAAUGAUAGAGGUGUUUCUUUUACUUUUGGACCAGAUGUUGUUUCUCGUUUUUUACAAAAACAUGAUAUGGAUUUAAUUUGUAGAGCUCAUCAAGUUGUUGAAGAUGGUUAUGAAUUUUUUAGUAAAAGACAAUUAGUAACAUUAUUUUCUGCACCAAAUUAUUGUGGAGAAUUUGAUAAUGCAGGAGCAAUGAUGUCUGUUGAUGAAAGUUUAUUAUGUUCUUUUCAAAUUUUAAAACCUGCUGAUAAAAAACCAAGAUUUCAAAAUUCAAAUGUUAAUAAUAAUAGACCAAAUCAAGUUCAAAGAAAACCAAAGAAAGCAACUAAAUAA